UAAUUAUUCAAACAUGAUCUUAUUUUUUUUUUUUAAUUUAACCAUACUUCAGGGGUGACAGUAAUUUGCUCUCUUGUAAUAUAAGCACAUAACCCUGUGUACUUUCAAUAACCUAACGCACAUGAUUAUUUAACAAGUGGUUAGGGGUGAUGUAAUUAUAUUAAAAGUAUAAGGGGUCCUGUGCGCAAAGAUAAAACUGCAAGGGGUCAUAUACAUAAUUAUAUUGAAAGUAGAAGGGGUUUAUAUGCACAAAUCUCAAACAAGAGGGAGUUAAUUUAGGAGAAGUAACUUUAUACUACUAUUACUGUAGUUUUAGUGUGGCCACCGCCCGCCCCAUCUCCAAUAGCGUGAAGCAUAAACCUGAUUGCUCUUAAAUCUUAAAUCUUAAAUCUCAAAUCUCAAAUACUAAUAAACAAAUAAAUAAAUAAAAAGUGCCGCCGUUUUCACGAGCGGAUUCACCAUCAAAGCUCCGGCGGAUCACAACCGUCGAUUCGCCUGCGCCCGUGAGCUUCUCCGAUUUCAUCGGAACUCACGAACCUGUAAGUAAUGUCGGGCUCGGGCUCGGGCUACAAGGAGUACGUCGCCGGUAUGUUGGCUGGAGUUGCCACUGUCGUUGUUGGUCAUCCCUUCGACACUGUCAAGGUGAAGCUUCAAAAACACAAUACAGAAGCUAGUGGGAUGAAGUACAAGAGUGGUUUGCACUGUACUGCAAGGAUUUUGAAGACAGAAGGAGUGAAAGGGCUUUAUCGUGGUGCAACAUCUUCUUUUGUGGGAAUGGCCUUUGAAAGCUCGCUUGCAUUUGGAAUUUAUUCUCAGACAAAACAAUUGCUGCAGGGAGGGAUACAAACUGACAAGCCACAGCUUCUUACAAUAUUUCCUUCAGCAGCUUUCGCUGGAGCUGUUAUUAGCUUUGUAUUAUGCCCAUCAGAGCUAGUAAAGUGUAGAAUGCAAGUUCAAGGCACUGACUCUAUCGUUCAGAGCUCCAGCAGAUACAACGGUCCUAUUGAUUGUGCCCUUAAAACUAUAAAAAGUGAAGGGCUUACAGGCAUUUUUCGAGGUGGCGGCGCUACCUUGUUGAGGGAAUCUAUUGGAAACGCAGUAUUCUUUAGCACUUAUGAGCAUGUGCGCUAUUACAUGCGUCGGUCACUGAGAGAUGCUUCCUCUGAUGUAUCCCAUUUUGCUGAUGUGGGAAUUGGAAUUUUUAGUGGUGGCCUUGGUGGAAUCGCUUGUUGGUCAGCCAUCCUGCCGUUAGAUGUGGCAAAGACCAUAAUUCAAACUGCGCCGGACAAAAACCACACAAGAAAUCCUUUUCAGAUUCUAGAAAAGAUUUACAAGAUAUCUGGAAUUAGAGGGUGCUAUACAGGUCUUGGUCCUACAAUAGUCAGAGCAUUUCCUGCUAAUGCUGCUGCUAUUGUCACGUGGGAAUUGGCUAUGAAAAUGUUGGGAAUCAAGCGUGAAUAAGCAUGAAGGCAUAGUGAUUGGUGGCUGUUAGCAUGUGUUGUAAUUCUUUCUAGAUGUUAUGCUCUUAAUGUGGUACAAUAGUGAAAGGAUCUGAUGAUUAGGGUUGUUGCUGCGAAUAAAGUAUGCAAAACGCUACUUCGUUAGAAUCCACAUGUAUAAAAUGUGGAUUGCAUGUUUGUAGAAUUUUGAUCAUCAAAUUAGUAGGGGAGAUUUUCCCCUCGUAUUUUACCUAAAGUAGGGAGAGGUAAUUAAACAAUAGUGCUAUAUUUAAGGGAAUUGAAAAGGUUAUUAAGCGUUUAUGCAGGUUCUUUUGCUCAA